AUGGCUCCCGCAAUCCGCAGACUCCGCAUCGCAGUCUCAGGCCUUGGCCGCAUGGGCGCCCGCCACGCAAACCACUUUCUUCACCGCACGCCCAAGGCUGAGCUCGUAGCAGCAUUCACACCGGCUGAGAAUGAGGUUGUGUGGGCAAAGGAGAAUCUCGAGCCAUGGGGUGUCAAGAUCUACACCGAUUACGACGAGAUGCUGAAGCACGAGGGCCUUGAGGCUGUCUGCAUCGCCACCGUCACCACCGUCCAUGCAGAGCACACCAUCAAGGCAAUUGAAGCCGGCAAGCAUGUUUUGUGCGAGAAGCCGCUCAGCACGAAGUUGGAAGAGUGCUACCAAAUUCUUGAGACCGCAAAACGCAACCCUCAUAUCAAGGUCAUGUGUGGCUUCUCACGCCGCUUUGACUCGUCAUACUUGAAUGCCUACGACCUGACCCUGAAGGGCAAUAUUGGGCGUCCCACGGUCGUGCGAUCGCAGACAUGCGACAAAUAUGACCCCUCUGGCUUCUUCGUGGCCUACGCUGAGUUCUCCGGUGGCAUCUUCGUAGACUGCAACAUCCACGAUAUCGACCUCGCCCUGUGGUACUUUUCCGCUGAUUCCAAGGGCAAGGUCCUGCCAAUGGUCAAGUCGGUCAUGGCCGUAGGCGUCACGGCACUCGAGCCCGACCUAGCCAAGCACGGCGAUGUAGACAACGGUGUGGGUGUUGUUGAGUUCCACUCUAGCCAAAUCGCCUACUUUUACAGUUCGCGCAUGAACGCCCCUGGCCAGCACGACAUGACGGAGAUUAUCGGUACAAAGGGCAAACUCGUAGUCAACUCGAACCCAACCACGGGGCUGCUGGAGAACCAUUCCGACACGGGAGUCAACAGGGAAAUCCCACAAAAUUACUACGAGCGCUUCGAGCAGGCGUUUGUCGAAGAGGCUAGACAGUUUACGGCCGUUGUCCUGGACAACGAAGAAAUGCCAGUCGACCUUGUCAGCUCCAUGGAAGCGGUCAAAAUUGGUGUUGCACUGCAGGAAAGCUUGAGGACAGGCAAGAAGAUCUUCUUUGAUCAGCAAGGAAACAAGAUGGACGAUGCAAGGGCAAGGUUGUAG